AUGUGGUCAAAGAUCAGGUAAAUGCGUGAGACCAGUGCUAACAUCAUGAACAGUCAUGUAUUAUAGUCUGUAGCCUAUAGUCUGGAGUUUAGGAGCUGAUUUACCUUUGGAACAUAACCCAGCUGCACAUGUGCACUGUUUAUGGGAGCUUUUAUUCCAGCUCUGCGACUUCCUUUCAGAGAAUGCCUUAUCAGAGCUGAACACACUGACGCCAGCAGUUUACAAGCAGAGACUCCCAUACUAGUCAUGAGUUUUGAUUAAAUCCACUUUGAGUAUACAGUAGUUUAGAUAGCUAAUAUAUCCUGAUUAGAGGAAGGCUUCCCUAAAGGUUUGAAGUUCAGUACCUAAUAUCACACUGACCCUUAGCACAUUUUUUUCUAACAAGUUAUUACUGGAAGAUUUACACGUAGAAUCCCUAAAGUGUUUACUCAUAAUGUGACUUUGUCAAGGCACAGAUAGCUGAAUCUAGACUGCUUAAAUAGAAAGAAAUGAAAGUCUGAUGUUGCAUCUAAUCUUUAUUGCAGUGACAGACAGAGAUGCACAGCAGUGUCAUCUCUGAUUUACACAACCAGAGUCCAAAGGUGGCACAUAAAUUCAUUACAACACAUACUGGGAAGCCUUCUUCAUCAAGGCCACUCUGUUUUAAUAUAGAGGCCCUUCAUUGUGUUUGAUUUAGCUGUUAUUGCUUUAGCAUAGAAACAUAUUCAAAGGUUUUCCCAACAGUGGGGUGAAACAAAUGGGAUCAUCUAAGCCGGGAUGUCACCUUUCCAUGACGACAUAGAUACACACCUCGGUGUAAGUGAUUAGUUUCUUUUCCUCCUACUUUCUAUUACACUGGGUUCAAAGUCAAAGUGCCAUAAAAAACAGUUUGUCAGUGGCCUGAGAGCAGAACAGCCGUGUUUCCUACUCCUCCUCUUCCAACAAGACAGACUGAAGAGGCCAUCGGGGCAAACAGCAACUUUACAGCUGGCUGCCAUAGCGGGAUUUAAUGAAGACCAUCCCUGAGAAAUUCUGAGGAAGACCUCUCGAGUAUUUUGUGUAAGUAACAUUUAUCCGUCUUUAUAUUUGUCUGGGUACAGACUCUUAUUCAGUGGUGUGAGUUUUCUUUCUGAACAAUCUACCGAACGGUGUAGAGAAAAUUUUUAUGAUAUCUGUUUAAAAUGCUGACCACAUGAAGGAGAGAGUUUCCUUUUGUUGAAUUUUGUGACAUCUUUUGGAUUUCUUUGUUUAGGGAGAAGAAAAGCUACAAACUGGUGAUGCUGAGAAAGGUUUGCUUAUUCCUCUGAGUGGAUUUUUGAGUGUGGAUUUUAUUGAUAAGAAUAGAUCCUAAGUAUUUAUAUCACUCAGUUUUUCUUGGAUGCAGUUUGACAGUUCCUUGGUGGAUAUAUUAACAUGUUCUCCAUGCUCUGUAUUGAAGGGGGAGUGGGUUUGGGUUGACUCAGUCAUAGGGAUACCCAUCGGAGCCAAGGUAAAAGUCACCCCAUCAGGCCAGAGGCUACUGUUGGAUGAUGAAGGACAGGUAAACAUUCAUUUCUGCCAGAGAGAAAUGAGAACAAUGAAGCAUGAUGUUCAUGUGAGUCGCAUUAUCCAUGCUGCGUUUACCUGAAAGUGUUUUUUAUUUUCUCGUUUCGAUCCCAGGAAUACAGUCUGGCCCCAGAAAUGGAGGCCUCUCUCAAGAUCAUGCAUCCCACGUCAGUGGAGGGUGUGGAGGACAUGAUCAAACUGGGAGACAUGAACGAGGCCGGCGUCCUCAGGAACCUGCUGCUGCGACACAAACAAGGAAAGAUCUAUGUAAGGCACACAAACAACCUGCCACUCAGCUGAAUUAGACUUUUAAAAGGAUAUGAUUGAUAUGUAUUGAAGGUGGACUGAGAUGAUUUAAAGCAGGUAACUGUAAAAUUUAGAAAUAAUGGACGAUGGAUUGAGCUGUGAUUUUUUUUCAGUCAAGGAAAUAUAAUUUUCUUGCUUUGACACUUAUUUUUCUACAACUCUGAUCCUGUUUUCUGCUCUGUACUGCCAUCCCUGUUAAGCACUGCUGAAUCGUCUUGUAGUUGUGGUAUCGUUUAACUGUAGGCCUGCAAGUAGAAAUACUUGACUGUACAUUGUACUUAUCCUGUGUUGUCUUUAUUUCAUGGUCUUUGGUUUGUCAGACUGUAGUCAGGUCCUGUAAAACAUAGUUAAUGGAAAGAAACACGAGUCAGAGGGUGUAGGCAGCACCUGCUGUAGAUCUUUACAUAUCUGAGUUUAACAGGCUCUUUUACUAUACGGUGUGCUAAAAACAGUUUGAGGAGGACUCAAAUUCAGGGGCUUGCAUUUUAAAACCUCAAGCAGGAAAUGUUUUUUGUGUGAUUUUGUUGACGGUAUCCUUUUAGGACCAUUACAAAAACUCCACCAUUUGCAGCAGAUAAUCCUAAAUGUAUCUUUUCUAUCUCUAGACGUACACAGGUUCUGUGCUGGUCGCUGUGAACCCGUACAUGGAUUAUCCCAUAUAUUCAGCAGAGCAGGUGAGGCAGGUCCUAACAUACAUCAAAGACGUCUCCCGUUACUCACCAUAUCGCCCAUAAAAUUUAACUCUUGCCCUGAAUAAGUUGGAAUCGCUUCCUCAUACACCACAGUAAAUUUAUUGUUUGUUUUCUUCAGGUGAGGUUGUAUCAGGGCCGAAAGCUCGGAGAACUUCCUCCACACAUCUUUGGCAUCGCUGAAAGCUGCCACAGUAACAUGAAACGUCACUACAGGAACCAGUGCUGCAUUAUCAGGUUGGAAUGAAAGAUGUAAAAGCAGAGGCAGAUUUAGCAGGCCAGGUGAUGACUAUGAUAUAUGUCGACCACAUGGAUGACCCCUUUAUUUAUGCCACAGUGGGGAGUCAGGAGCUGGGAAGACAGAGAGCACCAAACUGAUCCUUCAGUAUUUGGCAGCGGUCAGUGGUGAACUCUCUGAGCAGCAGAUCGAAAAACAGAUCCUGGAGUCAAACCCCAUACUGGAAGGUAAGACAUGAACUCAGCUCUACUGCUUUAACACAAACACUUACACUCAGUAGAGAGGGAAGAACUACCUUUUGACAAGUGGCUCAGCUUGCCUAAAAUAAAUAUUGAUAAGUUAAACAAAAAGGUGAUGUACGAUGGAGUAUAGGGGUCACAUAAAAUACUUUUAAUUAAAAGAUUUUAUAGAUUUUUUAUGCAAAGAAAAAAAUGAAAAAUCAUUAAAACAUUCAACAUACUUGGUCACAACUAUAAGAUGCUGUAGAAAGUAUAUUUUGACAUUGAAAAUUGACAAAACAAUUUAAAUAACUUUUAUAACUUUUUUAAUGUAAAUAAUUCACUGUACACAUGUUGUGAACAUAUUUUUAACCUUAAUUUAAAUAUGUUACAAUUAAAUAAGUUAAUUUAAAUAAUUUACAAAUUUGUAAAUUGACUUCACUGUUAAAGCGUACACUCAGGACAGUGUGGUGCUGAGGUGUCUGAACAAUUUAGCAAUUUCAUUUUGGCACAGGCAGCUGCUGCCUGCUCUAAACCAAAAAGAGUUUAUCAUGACCAAAGUCUUAUAAUGUUGUUCUUUAAUGUUGUAACAUUACAACUCGAUUUUCUUUUGUCUUUAUUCUUGUAAUAUUAUGACUUUUCCAGGAUUUUAUGUUAUUGGAAGAAUAUGGUUUUAUAAUGGAUUAAUUCGUGUAAAAAAAAUGACAUUUUAAAUAUUUCUUUAAAACCCCUUUUUUCUUCUUAAAUGUGACCUUGAUACUCCAUCAUAGUGACAAGAUCUGGUCUCCUUAAACAAAGCCCUUUUUUCGCGCCCUCUCUGGGUUUUCUGAUGGACAUGAUGUCAUAUAAUGGCAAAUGAAACUAACAAGUCAAAGAAGGGAGACACUUAAAGAAGAAAAAUUGGGUUCGCUGACUUUUAAGUGACAAAUUUUGACAAAAAUUUGAAUAGAUUUACUAAAUUAUGCCCUGAAUAUUAUCUUACAAAUCAAAGUCACAAACUCCCUUGUGAAAUCUUGAUGAAAAUAUACCAGUUUCAAUAUUCAAGCCACAAGAACUCGCAAGAAUAACUUUUGUGCCUUUUCCCAUUCACUGCUCGUUCGUCAUGACACACAUGUAUCUAGAAUAAGUGUUUGAAAAAUAUCCUCUAUGUCUACUUCACAGCAUUUGGAAAUGCUAAAACAGUCCGAAAUGAUAACUCCAGCCGCUUUGGGAAAUAUCUGGAGAUCUUUUUCAACAAGGAUGGCGUGAUUGAAGGAGCUCGGGUGGAGCAGUAUCUGCUGGAGAAAUCUCGCGUCUGCCAUCAGGUGAAGAGCUUAUCCAAACUAUCUCACCUCCUCUUAUCUUUCACAGAUGGCAGAUACUGUAUGUUAAAUAAACCUAUAAAAGCACAGCAGGUCUCUGUCUUUAGCGGGGCUUACGUCAGCCCUCUCUCUAUACUGAUGAAGACGUUACACCGUCAGUUGAUUUUUGUCACAUCAUCAGUUCAUUUUUGCUCUCCACCCUCAGUCCCCAGAGGAGAGGAACUACCACAUGUUUUACUGCCUACUGGCUGGAGUCUCAGAAGAAGAGAAGAAAACUUUGAGCCUUGGAAAAGCUGAGGAAUACAGAUUCCUGACCCAGGUAUUGUUAUCUUUUCCACCGCCCAAUUAGUCACUUUAAACAACCAUUAAGUGUAUGAACAAAACCCUCCCUCCUAUGUGCUACAGGGUGGGUGUAUCAUCUGUGACAGCAGGAAUGAUGCUAAAGACUACAAGCGAAUCCGUUCUGCUAUGAAAAUCCUGAACUUUUCCGAAGGCCAGUGUCAGGAAAUCCUCAAGCUGCUGGCGGCAAUCUUACACCUGGGGAACGUUUGCUUCGAGGGUGAGUGUGCUCUGUCAAAGAAUAUCUGAACGUUUAAAACCUCAGUAGUUCUCUCAUACAAUGAUUGCAUUUGCUUUCAAGGCAAGGGAAAGGAUCUUAACAUGUAGCUGAAAUAGUGCAAUAAAUAUAAUAACAAGCAUUUCCUGACUUUACUGUUUAUAAGGUUAUAAUUUGGCUGACAGUGGGCUGUGGGCUCGAUGAUCAUGUCUUUGGUUUUUGACCCGUAAAUCUGCAAGUGCAAAGAUUCUUACCUGCGUCAUCAAUGUGUCUAAAGAUAUGAUAAUCAUAGCCCAAACUGUCAUUUAGCAUGAGGAUGUUGAGAUUGUGUCUCAUCACUGAUAACUAUUGGGAAGGAUUAUUGAUAACACACCCAGCUUUGGACUAAACACUGAUGCUGACGCUGCUUAUAAUGUAAUUUAACUCAACUGUAUACUGUUCUGGUGACUUUGUUUUAUCAGCAUUUUUUGAGUCCAAUACUUUUGUGUUUUGGUUUAGUUGUUUAACAGUGUCCAGGGCUUUAUGUAUUUCCUGUGUUUAAGUACCAGCUGCAAACCAAAGAAAAAAAAAAACUUAAAAUAAAAUUAUAGUCUAGUUGAAAAUGCAGUCAGCAAUAUCAAGGUAGCAGUGUCACAAUGUAAAAAUUCAGAACUACUUUUAAAUUGCAGGAAAUGAAAUAUAUGUAAAUGUUCAAUUUUAAGUAUAAUUUAUUCUACGUUGUAGGAUCUAUUUAGUACAAAUAAUGUAAUGUUUUCUGUUUUUGUGUGUUCUUUUUACAUUUUCAUAUUCAAUAUUGUGAUCUCUUUCCUGCCUUUUGCCUAAUUUGAAAUAGUGUUUAAACUAGCGAAGUAUUUAAGUAUUUUUUUCUAAAAGAAAUCUACUGAAUUUUUCCCUGACUGCUUUGUAUCACAAUGAAUAAAUGACUGUGUUGUUGUUGCUCUUAUUACACCUGAUUGUUUGUUACAACCAGCAAACACUCAAAACAACCUGGAAUCCAGCGACGUCAGCAAAUCAGAGCACUUCAGCAUUGCAGCCUCACUGCUGCAGGUAAGUUUUCUAACUGUUUCUGUGAAUAUUUACUGUGUCAUUCAUUACUUCAUGUUAUGAAAUCCUUAUCUUUUUUUAGCAUUAAACUAUGAUGGUUUUGUCUUAAUUUGCAGGUCGAGAUGUCAUCUCUAGCUGCGAGUCUGACCCAUCGCUCCAUCAUGACAAACAGUGAGAGGAUGAUCAAACCUCUGAGCUCUGAGCAGGCGUCUGACUGUAGGGACGCUUUUGUCAAGGUAACAAUGUUUUACUUGGUUGCCAGUAAGUCAGACUGUACUUCCUUAUUAGAUAUCGGCCCAGGAUUAAAGGAGCCUAACUCUAUAAAUGCUGUUUACCACUUUAUAAGGAAGCGUGUGCCUUUAAUUCAGCAUAAGGGGAUUUUAUACCUUUUUCUGUACAUGUACAGUGAUUUUUUUAAGAAACAAACCCUCCCUGGACUCCUUUACUUGUUACAGUGUUAUUACAUGAAUUUAGUUUGUGCUUAUUUGGGUUCCCUACAGUUUGAUCAAAAACAAAAUAAAAAGUAUAAACCUGAGAAAAAUGAAAAUUCAGCAUAAUCCUAAUAAAAAGUUUCAUAAAACUUUUAUGAAAAGCUUUUAGUUUUACACCUUUAAAAACAGAUGUUUACAAAGUGCUUUAACAGAAGAAGCAAACAAAGGCCGAAACAGACAAAGGAAAAUUGACAGUUAAAGAUUGGCGGUUGGUGGUUGAUGGCGUCACAUCAGGAAGGUGAAAAGGAAGAAGGUGGAUAGAGGACAGAUAAAAGAGGAAAACAAAUAAAUACAUAGAUAACAAAAUAAGAUAAGGUAAAAUAAGAGCAAUUGUGAAAAGGGAGGUAGUAUAUUAAAACAUCAGAAAAUGUUAAAAACAGGACUAAAAUUAAUAAUAAUGAUAAUAUAAAUGAUUGACAAUGUUAAACAAAAGGUAUGCAGGCAGUAAAAUAAAUAAAUUAUACUUUAUGUAAAGACAUCAUGUAAAAGCAAAGUGAGUUUUAAGAUGUGAUUUAAAAGAUGUAACUGAUUCAGCCUGCCUUAUCUCCUGGGGCAGGGCGUUCUAAAGUCGAGGAGCCCUGACAGAAAAGGCUUAACUCUUUUAUGUAGUCAACUAUUUUGAAUACCAUGUAAUAAAUCUCAAAACUGUCAUUUAUUAGGGUUAUGAAAUAUGAUAGAUUACAUCAGUUUUUAUUUGAGCUGAAACAAUAAAAAAGAUCAUUAUAAUGGAUCAGUCAUAUUCAAAGAUGAAUUCAUAGAAGAUAAGUUGUAAAAAAGUCUUUCCUUUCUUAUUUUGCUUUUGUAUAUUCAGAAACUUCUUUGCAUUAAAUUUUCAGGCAAUUUACAACAAGCUGUUCAUCUGGAUUGUUGAGAAAAUAAACAGCGUAAUCCAUAAGAGGUUGAUCAAAAGCCCCAAAUCCUCCUUCCUGUCCAUCGGCCUGCUCGACAUCUUUGGCUUUGAGAACUUCUACAUCAACAGGUCAGGAGGUUUUCUUACAUGUUUAACCACUAAAACACAAUUAUGAUGUAUUCAUAUAAUAUUGAUAAAUAUAUACAAUAAAAUACUUUGUCCUCACAGCUUCGAGCAGCUGUGCAUAAACUUCGCCAAUGAGAAGCUGCAGCAGUUCUUUGUGGCUCACAUCUUCAAGCUGGAGCAGAAGGAGUACCAGAAGGAGGACAUUGUGUGGAGAAACAUCAAGUUCAGCGAUAAUCAGAACAUCCUGGACCUGCUGGCUGGACAGCCCUGUAACCUGCUGGCUCUGAUUGAUGAGGAAAGCCAUUUUCCAAAGGUGUCGGAGCUAUGAUAUGUUGAUUUUCCUCCAAUUCAGUGACUCAAUCAAUCAUUAUGUAAAGCCAAUUCAAAAUAGUUGUUGUCUCAAAAUAUUGUAUUACAAGAGCAAGAUAUAGGGACAAACAACACCAGCAGUUCAUGCAGACUUAAGGUAACAGAGCAAAGAGUGAUGGUUUAAGUAUACGCCCUAUUUACAGUGAAGUAAUAAUGAUAGAUUGACUUUAACGACACUUAAAGUAAAUAGGACUUAUAUGAGCAUUUAUGAUCAUGAGGAUGAUAAUAGAGGUAGGAGGGAUAUUAUUGAUGGCAUCUCGGGUCAAGCAGGUUAAAGAUUGACAUAUAGCAAAUAGACAUUAAUAAUAUAUAUGUUAGACAGGUUUAGCUGCGGCAGCUGGAGUCCGGCAGGUCCUCAGCAGCUGGCAGCAGUGAUUCAGAGGGACUGUAUAUGGGAGCAGGACAGGAAGAUUUAAAGGCAGAUUAGAGAGGGGGGAAAGUCAGUAGCUCAGGCUGCCUAUCCAGUGCAACUAAGAAUUGGCUGAAGCCUGAACCAGCCUGAAUGUAAUGCAUCUGAUGUGUUAUUUCAACACACUAAAAGCAAUAGUUGUAUCUGCAGACAUUUUAAACCUGCUAAUAUGAUUUUUAACUUUUUAAGCUAUUAUCUGCCAAUACAGGUAUCAUGCUAUGACAUAAUGAUUGUUUGAUACCUCACAGGGUACAGACUCCACAAUGUUGAACAAGAUGAACCAGCAACACACUGGGAACAAAUCCUACAUCUCCUCCAAAGGCCAGUAUGACACUGACUUCGGCAUCCGCCACUUUGCUGGCAUGGUUUUAUACGACUCCAAAGGUAGGGGAGUAAACCACAGAAAAGUCUAAUGACGAGCUCAAAGUCUGCUGCUGCUUCUGUGAGGAGCUCAGUGAUGUUUUUAUUGUUUUUAUUAAGGAUUUCUGGAAAAAAACAGAGACGCUGUCAGCUCUGAUAUCAUCAAGAUGAUCGAUGUCUCCACCAAUAAGGUGCUCCGUCAGAUAUUUGAGUCUGAGCUCUCGACAAAUGGAGUGAAGAUCAGCAACAACAAAAAGAUCAUCAUGACACCGAAGAGCUCCCUGCGGGUAUGAAGCGACAGUCUCAUUAGAUUUUGGAUUUUAUUCAUACAUUUAUAUCAAUCUUCUUUAUUUUUAGAGUUUCCUUCAGAGUUCUUGUCACAUCAUAUGUCAUGUAGUGUCAUCCUGUAACAUACCUGAAAAAUCCUCAUUUUCAAAUGUAAUAUCAAAGAGACGAGGACAGUAUUGCUUUUUUUUGUUAAUGCAAAAUAUCACGCAAAAUGUCAUACCUCAUGAAUACGGAUUAGAGGAUUAGGGCCACUGGAAAAAGAAGGUCUAAUAAAUAUAUAUAUAUAUAUAUAUAUAUAUAUAUAUAUAUAUAUAUAUAUAUAUAUAUUAUUAUUAUUAUUAAUAUUAUUAUUAUUUUGAGGAAAAAAGUCUUAAUCUCAGGGUUUGUACUUUUUUUCUCAGAAUUCUUACUUUAAUGUCAGAAUAAUGAUUUUAAAAAAUUAUAUCAGUCUUUUCUUUUUUUUUUUUUUUUUUUCAGUGGCCCUAAUCCUCUUCCGUACACAUAAGACCUAUACAUGUCUAAAUUGCAUGCCCUGUUUUAAUGGACAUUUCUUGUUACCCUUCUGGAACAUUAAGGACAUGCUCUGAUAGUCACACUAUUGUGACACUUUCCACUACUACGCUGAGUUGAUCUGCUUCACUUCCUCUCUCUGUCACUGCACAGGCUCAGACUGACGGUCGAAAACAAGUGCCGACGCUGAGCGGUCAGUUCCGUCAGUCUCUGGACUCCCUGAUGAAGGCUCUGUCUGCCUGUCAGCCCUUCUUCAUUCGCUGCUUCAAACCCAACAACGAAAAACAGUCCAAGGUGAAUCACACAACACCCGCUACAGCUAAAUUAUAAAACAGAGUAACACACAUAAUGGUUGCUAUAGUUUGGAUUUGUUAUUAUAUGCAAUAAACAUAUAAAAUGAGGGAGAGGGUGAGCUUGUGGAAAACCAGGAUCAGCAAGUAUACAUGUUUCUCAUUGUUUUUUGGACCUUUGGUUAAACAGUAAAGAGUAAAAUUAAUUUUCCGAUCUGCUUCUGAGCCUCGUAACCAUCUAGGAUAACAACAGCCUCUCUUUGUUUGUUAUCAAGCAAAUUUCCUGUGAAAUAUAACCUGCUUACUUACACGCUUAAUAUAUUGUUUGUGCUGGCAGUCUAGAUUGAAAUAUCUCAACAGCUAUUGGAUGGAUUAUUGUGACAUAUAGAGACUCAUGAUUCCCAGAGGAUGAAUUUUCCCACAACUCCUAUCCCGGUUAUCCUGAGAGGUUUCUUAUUGUGCUGCUGAAAGAUCAAAGUUUCACUUCAGCUGAAAAAAGGCUCAACGAUGACUUCUUCUAGGUUCAUGGUUCCCUGAUGAUAAAUCUUUAUAACUUUGUAGUUGUCUUUAAGUCAUUGUCUUGGGCUCUAAUGCCUCAGUAGGAAAUGACAUGACAGUGAGUGACAGGUUACUGUGAGAAGGAGUUGAGUAUGACACUGGUAAAGGUUAAAACUGAAUUAAAACAAAACUUUUGAACAUUUUGAUUUGAGGGUUUCUCUGUUUGAUUUACAAAUAUCCAUGGGAAAUAAAUUCCCAUCACAUGCAGUUGUACUUUCUGUGAUUUGUGACUUAUUACCACAUACUAGACUUAUAACCUGCUUAACUCAGAUCAUACACAUGGUUAAUAAUAUACAUAAAAAGCAGUAGAAUGUUUUCAUACCGUUGAAGUGUGUAAGUUAUUUCGCACAAAUUGGAUUUUAUUUUCCCUUCUUGAAAAACUCUUGAUUGUUGCAUUCACUAAAACAUGACAGUGAGCUGUGAGACAUUUACAGUAAUGCCCCUUUUAUGACCAACAAAAUCAGAUGACCAUCAGGGAAUAAUCUGAAACUCUCUACUCUGUGACUUUUAGAGCGUGUAACUACAGCUGUGGGGGUAGGUGUCAGACUGCAUGAUUGCCAGCACGUGAAAUAAACAUUUUUUAAAUAUUUCCACUGCAAAUAUCGACAAAGAGUGGCACAAUCGACUGUCAAAAGAAAAUAGAAUGAGAUUGAGUUUUCUCUGUCAGAAAUCACUGCUCACAUUAACACAGGAUGAUAUCAGCAAAGCUACCAGUGAUAUCACUUUGUUAGGCAGGGGGGCAAAAACCAUCACAAACAGAGAGCUCUUUACUGGAGUUUUAAAGAAGGAGGACAAAAGUGACUCUGCCUUCGGAGUGUUAGUAUAUUAACAACUGCUGUACUCUGCUUUCCUCUAGUUAUUUGACAGAGAGCUGUGUAUGCGUCAGCUGAGAUACUCUGGCAUGAUGGACACCAUACGCAUCCGUAAGCUGGGAUACCCAAUCCGCCACACCUUCAAGGACUUCCUGACGCGCUACAGGGUGCUGCUGAAGACCACCAUCUGUGAUCCCAAAACUGUCAGUCCUGGUGUAGUCUAUUUUUUACCUCACAAAACAAAGCAGAUGUCUGUUGUAGAUAUCGAUGCAACUAAAUGUCACCACAGAUUUCAUUAACAUUAACUGUCUUUCUUUUUGAAUUGCCAUAAGCACUUUUACAGCAUCAAAUAAACUCUUCUUGUCCCGGCAGACGUCAGCUGCAGCUUGUUGUGAGGCAAUCUGCAGGACGGUGAUUAAAGGAGAGGACCAGUGGAAAAUUGGCACAACCAAGGUUUUCUUGAAGGUGAAACUCUGAAUUAUUGUAUAUUUGUAUUUAUAUUUUUGUGUUUUUCAUGGCAGAACAUCACAAUCAAGCAAUAUGAAAUUGUAUUAAGACCAUAACAUUAGUAUUUAAAAUGUACUCUUAUUAAGUCUCUUUUUGAUACUUCAUUUUAGGACACUCAUGAUGCGUUCCUGGAGCGACUUAGAGAAGAGGAACUCGGCAGGAAAGCUGUGGUGAUCCAGAGGGUCAUGAUGGGACACAAAGACAGGUGAUAUAAUGAGGACAUGGGUGCAAUACCAUAUCUUUAUUUACAUCAUGUUAACAAGUCCGAGCAUGUCUUAACUGAACAUACAUGCUUUUCUUCAUUUUGUAGGAAGUCUUUCUUGAAGAAGAGGAAGGCAGCGCUGGUGUUACAGAAGAACUGGAGAGCUUACAAACAAAAAGAAGCAGCAAGAAAGGUCUGAGCCUCUCUUAACUUUUAUCACACUCAGAGAUUGUAGCUGAUGUAACAAACUCUAGUUUAACAACAGUAAGGAUAUUAUCUCAACUUCGCUGACCUUGUCCCUUGUUUCAACUCUCACUCCUACCAGCUUCUGAAGGGCUACCAACGGCUGACAGCAAGGAUCAAGAGCCGAAAUCUUCAGCACCACUUCCAAAAGCAGCGAGAAGCAGCGAUCAUAAUACAGAGCCAGGUAUGUACUUCAGUAUAUGAAUACAUGAACUAUACAAACAGUAUCUCAACAUAGCAAAAACACUUAAUAAUAAUAAUGAUGGACAAAUUCAUGGCUUUAUUCACUUUUGUGUUCUAUAUAUAUCUGUACUAUAUAUCAGGGCUGCCACCAUAUUGCUAGUCUGUCACAUCAUGAUUACCAUGGCCAUAAAAUAUCAUGAAAGGGAUGUUAUUGCAGUGUUCAUGGAAACCUUUAAAAUAAAACUGCACUAUUAGUAAAGCUGAGGAAAGAAAGAUUUGUAGCUGUGAAAUUUAUUCUUUGGCCAUAUUACCAGCCAUGUGACCCGAACUUCUCUGAAGAGGGCAUUGCUUCUUAAAACAAUUUUCUGUCAGGCUUUUAUUCUAGAAAUUUUCUGUCUUGCAUUUAGUGUGAUUUAGUUCCUGUACGCUAAAACUGUGCUUUUAUUUUCAAGUAUAGUAUUUCUGGUAGAUUGUCAAUUGUCAACAGGAAGGUUGAAUGGUAAAAAUGUUGGCUGGAACAUUGUUUUUGGAUUUACGGUAAAUCUUGGUGUGACAGUUGUUAGGAGGGCUGAAACAUCUCUCAGAGGGUGGCUACAGCUAACUCCCAAAGGUCCGCUUCUUCCCCCCUCCUGCUGGCAAAUUGCAACCUACAACACAUAUUCUUUUUUUUUUUUUCUUUUAAAAACUGUUAAUGUAGCCACAGCCAUACUAAGAAUAAGUUCAGUGUUUAUUUGUGUAUAGUUUAAACUGAACAUUGUGAAACUCAAAAAGUAUCAAGUGUGUUUCUUUUGGACAAUUAUGUCAUAGAUUGGUAGAAACCAAAACCAUCAAGUAACUUUGGACGUACAUUUUAUUACAAUUCAUUACAUUACAAUUCAAAUGGGGACUCAACCAAUUGUAGCUCAUAGGAAUGGCUGCUAAAGUUGCUUUGAAAAUGAUUGUGUUACUCAAAAUUGAAUGUUAUUUCUGGAAGGUUUUGCUUGCUGUUUUAGUAGCAUUUUCAUUUAUUACAGUCAAUAAAUCAAGUCUUCUGAUACCUUAAACAAGAUAUCAACAUUUGUAUAUCAGGUCUAUGGGGUCUUAUCUUGGAUUACGUAAUGUUUUGACCAGAAAUAUGACAAACACUUUUUUUUUUGUGAGAUUGUGAUUAUAAGACAUUUAAACUUUGUGUUUGAACUUUAAAAAGUUUCUAAAGAGUCACUGAUGUGUUCAAACGUUACUAUUUGUUUGACCUUGCACCUGUUCUGUUACAUGUACAGGGGCAGCAGAUAUUUCCAAUAACUUCAUUUUGCAACAGAAAAAAACUUUAGGAAGCUACAAGUGUUUUAAUUAUGUCUUUUAAUAAACUGAUGAUUGGUUUUUGACGGACUGUAGAUAAGAGGUUACAGGGCAAGGAAGGACUUCAAGCAGAAAAAAAGGGCAACGAUCAAGCUGCAGGCUCACACCAGAGGAGUGCUGGCCAGAAGAAAAGCUGUGAAAACGAAGAAUGGCAGGAAAUCUGAAAGUGAGACUGUAAGUAACUUAACCAAUGGGAGGACAUGUCUGUUAUUUGUUAUUUUUAUUCUGUAUUCUGCAUGUGGACUUCUUUACACUUCCUUUUUGUGUACCCUCUGUCUACCAGACCUUCUCACGAGACCCCUUUUUUGAGGAGGAGGAGGAGAAUAAAACACCAAUAGGCUUUGAGCUUCAACACCGACUGUCUCUCAUUGCUGAAUCACAAAACGAUACAGAGGAGGAUGUGCUGGAUGAUAAUUCAGAGAAAAGCUCGGAUGACCCUGUACCCCCUCCUCGUGUCGAAGAGGUCCAACAGGAAACAUCAAAAACAGACAAAUUUGAGGUUAGCUGACAAUGAAACAGGAAUGAUUACCUUUCACUUGGUUGUAUUUUCAUGACUAAACCUCUGGUCAAAUUCUGUUUUGCUUUUUUAGAGGAGGAGCGAAGUGGUUGAGCAGGUUAAGAUCAUCAUCAGUCCAUCUUCAAAGUCACCGACACCAGCACCGUCACUGAAAGAGGAUGACACCGAUGAUGAGUUUGAUGAAGACAAUGACGAGUUUGCUUUCCAUAAGUUCAGAUUCCAGAGCGACGCCACACACAAGCACAUCAUGCAAAGGCUUAAAGAGCCUCUCCUGCACCAUGAUGAUGAGGGCGAUGUUCUGGUAAGAAGAAAAUAGUGUUGUUUUUUUUUUUUGUUUAGUUUUUUUGUGUGAAGGACAUGAUCCAUCUUUCACUGAAUCUUAUUGGUAGUACCUCUUCUCAUUUCCCUCAGGCGUGUCUGACUGUUUUCUGGAUUAUCCUGCGUUACAUGGAGGACAUGCCAGAGCCAAAAAAUCAGGAUGCCCAUUCUCUGGCGUCCAGCACCUUGUCAAGUCCUAUGACUCCCAGGCGAGGCCGUAGGCUGAGCAGUCUGGUGGGGCUGGACCAGGUAACAAAGUCAAACAGAUGUGUGUGGAGGUUUCAGGCAGGUUUUGUUUAUGGGGUCUCCAGUUUUAGAGAUACAAAACGAGAUUUUUUUGUUGAAACUUUUUAGUAGCCUCAACCCCUGUCUUCAAUUUUCCAUCAAAAACAAAGGGGAAUGAAAUAACAGAACUAGAAAUCACAUUACUUACUGUGCAGGGCAUUAAGACACAAUAAACACUGGAGCUUAUUUCAUAGCUGAAAGUACCGUCUUGAGAAAAUUCACAAGCACUUCACCAACUCCAAGCGCUGUUUUAUUCAGGUUCUUAUUAUUCACAGGCUUCAUUACGCCAGAACCAGAAGUUACACAGUGAUGUUAACCAUUGUCAGUUGACCACUUUUCCCACAAGAAUACUCCAAAUUAUUUCAGAAUACUUGCACCUAACUCUUUUCUGAUGCUGUUUAGAAUUUCUGAUCCGUUUUCCCAGUGCAGUUAAUUUCACCAGCAUGUGCUGCACACUAAAAGGAGGGGUAUCAUGCUUUUCCACAUUUACAACACCCCUUUAAUAAAUAGUUCCACUGUUUUAGAGGAAAAACAGUAGCAGCCCUUGUAUUGAGCACAUAAACUGAGGUACUUUGACAACAUUUGACAUCCCCCCUGAUCCACUUUGGGAGUUAAGUUGAUGGAGGAGAAAGGGAUAGGAGGAUAUUUGUGUUCCCUUUUGUUGUGACAUUUUUUUCACUUGGGCUUUUUCCUUAUGUUUUCUUUUCUGCCUGUUUUUUCUUCACUGUUUUUGUAUCACACAAUAUGUAUUCUAAAUUUAAAAUAGGAGUCUUAUUAUAUUUCCCUUUGGUCUUGGUUUUUCCUCCCUGUAAAUUGACACAUUUAUUUUCCUAAAUCGAUACUUUAAUGUGUCUUUUUUAAAUGCUUCCAUAAUUGAUUUUUAUUACUGCCUAUGUAUUAUUAAUUUGUAAUUUAAGUGUUUGAUGCUAUGGGCAAGUGUGCAUGCGUGUGUGUGUGUGUGUGUGUGUGUGUGUGUGUGUGUGUGUGUGUGUGUGUGUGUGUGUGUGUGUGUGUGUGUGUGUGUGUGUGUGUGUGUUAAGGGAAAUGUUUGUGUUAAGCACUUUGAAACAGUGAUGCAAGAUAAAGCCUGUAUGGUUUAUAGAUUGAUGGUUCAUUAACUAUGCCUUUCAUAUCCUUUUAUGUCGUUUUAAAUAGAAAUUUCUGAGGAGAAACAAGAAAAAGCCUGGGGGUGGACGAAAAACUUCUACAAUCUUUGAGGAGGUCUGUGAUGAUGUUCACCAAUAAAUCAUCAUGUAUGUGUUGAUUUAUUCUGUCUGUUUCAUGCUGAUUAUUAUCUUUUUUCACCUUUACCAGCCGGAGGAGCUGACCGAGGAGGAGGGCGUAAUGAUUGGAGAGGGUCCUAAACUGCAUCGAUACCUCACAUCUCAGGAGAAGCUGAACAUUAUCAUUGGAUAUGCUCUAUUCAGACCAGACAUAAGGUCAGAAUGAGAUAACUGUUCACACAAAAAUAUGCUCAGACUGAUUAAACUAAUGUGUGUGUGUGUGUGUGAGUGUGUGUGUGUGUGUGUGUGUGUGUGUGUGUGUGUGUGUGUGUGUGUGUGUGUGUGUGUGUGUGUGUGCGUGUGUGUGUGUCCAAUGAACAUACACAAUACAGCUUUGUAAAUGUAGAUAUAUCUAAUAUAAGUGUUUUUUUUUUCCUUUUGCCUUCCUUAACAAAGUGAAACCAUCUUGCCAUUAAUGAGUCAUGUAAAGACGUUCUAUCUGCUAAAGUCAGAUGAUAUUAUGGGUAUAUAUUAUACCCAGUGAAUGAUCUUUGUAUCUUUUCAUAUUUCUUUGCAAAGAAAGUCAUAAAAAGAGUAAAAUAAAUACAUUAAUAAAAAGAGUAUAGAAAUACCAGAAAUACUUGUAUAUAUCUCAGACAGUAGUUUUUAUACAUCUAAUAUUUGUCUGAAGCCGAUGUUAAAAUCAAAGGGUAUACCUUUUGACUUUCAUCAGAUUUCUCCCCUCUUCAUUUAUCAUCAUAAAAAAAUGAUAUGUGCUAAAAUUGUCAAAAGAAAGUAACAUUUUUGUACUACCUUAUUUAAUCAUUUUUGCCAUUAAAAUUGACCUGUAGAGAUGAUGUAUGGUUUCAACUGUGAUGAUAAGAUACACAGCUUACCCCAAGUGGUGUUUAUGGGGGAAAAAGAUAUUUUGUGGUUCCAAAGUAAUACCCGAUGAAAAUGUAUGAAUUAAAUGAUUAAUAUAUGAAUGUGAUGAAUAUGAAUUGUUUACCCGUGCAGAGACGAGAUUUACUGCCAGAUUUGUAAGCAGCUGGUGGAGAACAGAAAUAGGAGGAGUCGGAUGCUCGGCUGGACUCUCCUCUCCAUCUGUCUUGGGAUUUUUCCCCCAACAGAUCACUUCAUGAAGGUCAGUCUGCAGCUUGAAAUCAACAGAGUGCUCUUUUAUUUAAGGGUGUACAUCUAAAAAAGCUUCCCUCUCUUUAAAACCCCAUCUGUCCUCAGGUAACUCUUUCCCAUGUAACACUAUCACUUUGAAAGGUGUCCUCUGCUUUUAUCAAUGAUAGCCAUCAGGAUGACGAAACACAGACAUAAACACAACUUCUCAAAACAAUUCACACCUCUCUGCUCUUUAGAUAUGAUCAGGAUAAGAUAAGAAUAAGAUAAGGUAUCACUGAAAACACUUUGUAAACUUGAUCAAAUAAAAAGAUAAACACCAAAAUAACCUUUAUCCCUGUUUGUCAGUAUUAUCAGAAUAGUCAAAUGUGCUGGUUUCGUUACAACAUCUAGGGGAGACCAGGGCUUGUUGUCACAUGGGUAAAUUCUCACAUUGCAAUUAUCUUUGCCAUCAAAGGGUGCAAAUAAAAAGUAGAAUACUAGUUUUCUACUAGUAUCUCUACUAGGAGAGAUUAAGACAUCCUGUCAUACCUCAGUCAUUUUUCUGUUUUAAGCUAACUUUAAGCUAAAGCUAGAAUUAGCAAACAUGGUAGUUUGGGGCAACAUGCCCUUGUUUUAUUAGCUGCAAAAUCCACUGUGACAUUUUACCCCAUGUAGUGAGACAACUUACCUGAUUGUGGGGCAACAUGUCACAUGUUCACACACUCUGAUUGCUAAUAACUCUGCACUGAGACGAUAUUUGAAAAUGACAUGAAUACGGAAUAUAUACCUGAGACUUUUGUCUUUCAUCUGGUUCACAUUUUGUUUAUAUAUGAUGUAUUGAUUUCAAGAAAUAUAUGAGUGUAAAAAGUGUAACAACAAGCCCCAGUCUCCCCUACUUUAUAUCAACUUAAGUACAUUUUAAAUCUUUCAAACUAUGUAUUGGAAAAAAAAAUAUAUAAGAUUCUCAUUCAAAGAAACAGAAAAUUAAAGAAGUUACACUUGACUUUAUCCAAAUAAAGGAACAGACCAAAGAAAUGAUAGAGCUUGAUUCAUGUUACCACCUGGAGACACUUCAUCUAAGCUGGUCUUCUUUUUUAAAUUAUUCACCACAACAAAUGUACUAUUUGUAAGAAAUGUAAGUUAUAUGUUUGGUUUUAAUUUGCUGUUAGAACUUGACUCACACCAUUUCCAAUAAAUCAAGUCAGCUUUUGUUCCUCUGCUGUUUGGGCUUGGUUUUCUAAAAACUGUUCUAAUUUGAAGAAACCAAAACUUAUUAGUAUUACACACUAGUUUUUUAUAUUUCAAUAACAAGACAACUACUAUGGUUAUAACUGCUAUUUUUGUUCCAGUAUACCUUUUUCUUAAAUGUCAGCAGCUCCCUUUACAAAUUCUAAAAAAAGACUGAGAGAAAAUUCACGCAUUAAACUUCUCAGUUUACCUGUAAAGAAAAAGUUUAAGACCCUUCAGCUUUCAGAAAAAACUCUGUAUUUAAUCACAUGAUUCCCAGAAAAGUGCUGAAGUCUUUUGUCAUUAUCAAAACGUGGGACCUUGCUAGACAUGUUGGAUUGCAGUAUUUUGCAAUUAUGUUUUUAUAUUUGUAGGAAAAGUUCCUGUUUACAUCUAAAUUUGCACUCUGUUUAAUUUUCUGUUUUAUGCUCUCUGCUGCAGUAUCUGGAGUGUUUUGUCCGCAAAGGGCCGAGUGGCUAUGGUGAAUAUUGUACUGAGCGCCUGCGACGCAUUAAAGCCAAUGGAGAAAGGAAAGAGUUGCCCUGUUGGUUGGAAGUGCAGGUAGAGACUCUGAAUCACAUUUCUUUCUCUGUUAUUAAUACCUCACAGCAGCCACUUCUGAAAAUCAGAAUAUUGUUUGGUCCUGAUUUUUAUCCCUUUGUCCGACAGGCUGCCAAGUCCAAGGAGUCCUUGAACUUGGAGGUGGCUAUAACGGAUGGUCGCUUCAUCGGUGUAAGUCUGGACUCAGCCUCCACCUCAGCUGAGGUCUGUCAAGCUGUGGCUGACAAAAUCGAUCUCAGAGACACGUACGGCUUCUCUCUGUACAUCAGCAUGUUCGACAAGGUGAACCUUACUUUCUCAUCUCACCCACUUAAACCAUCUUUAUACUUUGGUUGUCGGUUUGACUCUGGAUCGAGGUCCUGUUACAUGUGACACCAAUCUCCUUUCAUCUCUAGAUGUGGUCUCUGGGCAGCUGUGGGAACCACGUGUUGGAUGCCAUAUCUCAGUGCGAGCAAGAGAUGAGGAGGCAGGGACGGAGGGAAAAGGACACCCCCUGGAGGCUCUCCAUCCGCAAAGAACUGUUCAGACCCUGGCACGACUGCUCAGAGGACAAGACCAGCACAGAUCUGAUCUACAGGCAGUUCAUCAUGGGGAUCAAGUCUGAAGAGUAUACCAGUGAGAAGGUGAGGACCAGAAAUGCAAUACAAACACGGACACAUCUUCAUCUCUGACUGGCAGAAAGUAACCUUUUUUUUUUUUUAAAUCUCAAUCCUUAAUACAUUGAACAAAAACAGCAUGACCCACACAGUAAAGAUACCAGCCUGUGGUUAGCCUCCCCAAACUGAUGUCCUUACGGAACAAGUUUGGGACUUACUCGGGAUACAGAUUGAAUAAAGAGAAAAAUGUGACAUAAUUACAAUAGAAAAAAAAAAAAGAAGCAGACUUUUUUUUGUUUGUUUUGUUUUAUCACAGGAGGAUGAAUACGUCCAGAUGGCAGCACGGCACUAUUACACCCAGUUUGGCUCUGUUAACAAAAGAGAUAACGUGGAGAGGGUCGUGGACGAGUGCAUCCCAACACCACUUAUCGAGAACAAAUCCAAGACGCGCUGGGUGCAACUCGUCAGUGAAGCGCUCUCACAGGUACAGUUUACAUAAACACCUUCAGUGUCCUCAGUCAUAGCUGUUUUAGGGGUAUUUACUUCCUCUGCAGUUUCUGUAUCAGGUCAUUUCUUACCCUCUGAUUGUACAGGAUACUUAUGCCAGAGGGGAGAAAAAAGCAGAAAGUGUAAAAGGAGAACUGGUGGACCAUGCCCGACAAUCUUGGCCUGUUUAUUUUUCCAAGUUUUAUGACGUCACCAUGAUGUCAGGUCAGUCAAAAUACGAGUUAAACUUUAUUUUUCAGUGAGUUUGGGUUCUUGUACAACUGUAAAUAUUAAAGUUAUCUAAGAAGGCUGUCACUUUUUCUCAAUCAGCACAUCAUCUGUAAAACAUGUAUGUAGUGUCACACAUUCGUGUUGUGUUCCUGUAAUUUACCUCACAUUGCCUUCCAUCAUCACAGACUCUUUAUUAUUAGCUACAAUUUGAAAAACAGACACUGUUUACAACCAGUUUUCUAAAACAGUUUCACCCUCCCUUCUCUCUGCAGGACCUCCUCUUCCCAAAAGCAGGUUUUUUGUGGCGGUCAACUGGAACAGCGUCCUUUUCGCGGACGGGAGAGACAGGAGACUUCUUGAGCUGCCUUAUCUAGGAAUAAAGGAAAUACGCUUGAUGAGGUAUUGAGAACAUUACAGUCAUGUAAAUCAUAGUUAUUUUAUUUAUUAAGUCCCUUAUGAAACAAGAUUAACCAGAAAAAUUUCACAAGACAGAGCAAAAACAUGAUAUUCAGAACAAUAAUGACACAAACAGCAUGGACAGACACAGUCGCAUCCUGUCCCAAGACUAUUUGAAAGGUUGUUCAUCUCACUUUGGCAUUACUAUUUUGGAAGUAAUCAAAGAUAAAUCAGGCUGUGCGUACUGUGUGUAGUGUGUUGCUGUUUUCUGAUCCAUGUGGGAACCUUGUAUUUAAACACUCUGCAUUUCUAGACUUUAUUGUUUGAGAAUGUAUCUGUACUAAACUAAGGUGCUAGCCUGCACUGGAAUGGUUAGGUAAAGAUACUUGUACCUUUAGUCAUCCUUGUGAAUUUUCAACAAGAGAAGAAAAAAAGAUUCAAAAUUAAGCAGGGUGGAGGACAGGGUAAAGGCUAUAAUAAAACACCCAAAAAUAACAGUAAAAGAAGGAAACGUAAAGGCAGUAGUGGAAAUUUAAAAAAAAAGUGGAAAUAAGUCAAAUAAAAAGACUCAGCAAUGAAAAAGCAAACCCAUCAUUAAAGUUGGCUUUGAAAUGUAUUUAUUUGAUUCAUUUAUUCAUUAUUUUCAACAGAACGUAUUGGAUAACACUUUAAAUGAAUGUUUUGUAAACACACUUUUACAACCACAUAAAUGUAUUUAUAAAGCUUUAUGACAGUUCUUAUAAGCUACAAUAAACAUUAGGCACAUUUAUAGCAAUAUUUAGAAAGUUUUACAAGCAGUAAAUAUAACGUCUUUUGAAGGUAAAAACUGCAAAACUAACAAAAGCAUGUUUUGAAUUAUGGGUUUUAUAACUUAUUUUAAGUCCUUUCUGACUUUAUCCAGUCAGAUAUAUAACUGUCAAUGAUAUCAUACAGUGCUGUCACUUCACUCAAAGUGCCUAAAGUCAUGCUGUGCUGUAUUGGAAGCAGUAAUGAGACAUUCUUUCUUUUGAAAACCAAAGACAUUCUAACUUAUUGUGGUACAUUGAAUUGUUCUCUAUGAAACUUGAUAAUGAGAUAAAGUUGUGGCAGUUUUGUGUUAUAAAAUCCAGAAUUCAGAAGACGCCAAUGUUAUUGUGGUGUAAUCCUCCAUAAAUUAUACCUCCAUUGGGCAUAAUGCUCACUGCUUGUAAAACCUUAAAAACAUUGCUAGAAGUUGUUAUGAAUACACAUAGUCAUGAUGAGGACUGUAAUACAGCAGUAUAAAUGCAUUUCUACACAAGAAUCAACAAAUGCUUGAGUGUAAAAGCAGUGACUGAUAAAGGCCCUGGAGGGUGUUGAUCAGUAAAAGUGAUGUUUUUGAUUCAUCUAGAGAGGACAAUGUGAGCGCUCAGUCUGUUAGCUUGACCACAGUCAAAGGACUUUUUGUCCUGAAGUCUGCUGAAGCUGAAGACAUGGCAGCUCUCAUAGAGGAAAACCUGGAGGGGCUAAGACAGCGCUCAAUGUUUGCUGUGGCUCAGCAAAAUACCACUAAACAAGGUAAGUGCUCCUUCGAGUCCGUAUUAUUCCACUUACCACAUAUUAAAGUGCAAAGCUUAGGAACUUUUUUUUUAUCCCUCUUCCAGGUGACCAAAAGCUCUUAGCCUGUAAACGUGGAGACCUGCUGCUGGUGGAGAAGGAGAAAGAUUAUCCUCCUAAAGAUAAAUUGAUCAAUGCAACUAACCAGCGGACCAGCAACAGAGGGACAGUUCACAUGGACUCUGUGCAGUUUCUGCCAACACUCAACGAACCGUCUGAAGACAUGCUGGUAAAGUGACAUUUACACAACAGACUUUAAUAGUUUCUGCUCAGUGUUUUUCAAAGAGAGAAACCAGUGAGUUAUGUUUGCAUGGGCCCCCCCCUUGUGGUGUAACUAAAGAACUUCCUCUGUCCCUGCAGAAGCUGCUCAGUCCAGGCUCAGGAAGACCUUCACAAACACAAGUUGCCCCACAGCGAGAGGGGACGGUAGCUCCUGCUUCCCUAAAGGAGUUUGCACUGGAGAACUUCAGGUAAGAACAUCACCUGACUCCUCUUCAAUAUUUAGUAGACCCCCUGUGGUCAGUUUGACAAAGGAUCUUUGUGGUCAUGUUAUCCAUACAAAGACUUUUACUACCAAAAAAUUUCAGGUUCUUUUAGAUGUUGCAAAAUAAAAGAAAAAGAAUGUCAAGUCUCCUUUUCCUUCCUCUCACAGGUCGACAGGUAAAGAUGGUGGUCGACAGGGUGCAUCUAGAGGAGUCACCAGGGAGAAGCUGUGGGCUUGUACCAAAGAGCCUCUCAAACAGCCACUGUUGAAAAGCCUGUACCGCAAAUCUGAACUCAGCAACUUGGCCUGCAACGCCUUCACUGAUAUCCUUUAAAGCUUCUGUUUUGACAAUUUCAAGUACCUUUCCACUCACAACCCUGGUGUAAGUACAGCUGUAAUGUCGGCUGCUUCAAGAAUAAAAUCAGACUGUAAAAAGUGAUGGACAACUGACAGCUUCCUGAAAUUGAAGCCAAAGAUUUGGAGCUCCCCCUGCUGACAGGCUGCAGUAUUUUUCAUGCAUCUCUCUCUCCCUCUGUGUUAACAGAUGGAACAUGGGUCAAACUACAGAUUUAAAAUUUGAAUCAAAUCUUUAUUUUAUAUAGCCUCUUUUUUACAAUGAUUGUAUUUAAUCACUAACAAACAAGUUAUGAAAGAUUUAUAAAUUGUGUUUUGUUUUUCCUGUAAAAGGCCUACAUUUUUUUUUAUUUUUUAUAAAUAGCAGGGUGCUUCUUCUUAGAACUGGAGCUGAACUUAUUCUAAUGAUUGUUAAAGAAACUUUUCUUCUCUGAAUUAUUGCUUUUCCCCUGCUUAGCAGACAUCCAAAAACAAAGCAUGGCACCUUUAUAUUAGGUAGCAUUUCUGCUUCAGACAGAAGCACUAAAGCACAAAAUUUAAGUGCUGACAGCAAUCUAUAUACACAGCAGCAGGAUCAUAAUGUGAGGCCUUACAUCUCAACACAAAAUGACAAGUGUGCCUAAAGUCAUCUCAGAUGCUCGCACAGUGAAACAGGCCAUUCAUCGAGCCUUUAUUUCAGCACCAGGAGCUGUCCACAGUCUGCAGGGCUGCUCACGCACUGACCUGUGAUGUGAACGUUUGCGUCCAUCACUGAUCGUCAUGGUGUUGUUGUUCAGAAAAAUAAAGAAAUAGGUCUUACCUUAUUGUAAUCUUGUGGGCCAGAAGUCAUCACUGGCUUUAGCCCCCAGUUUCUGACCCUGAUGUAGACUGUGCUGACCAGAAAUGUCUUGGCUGUUUUAUCUUAAAUAUUACUUUUCUCUAUAGGUAGCUAACCAUGUCACUAUUGUGAUGCUUCCAUAAAUAUGUUGGCAUCCUUCAAUGGGAUAUGAUUUUGUACAACAGGAGGAAGUAGUGACACAUUGUCCAUCGUUAUGUGCAGUCGAUGUUUUAAGUUUUUUACCGAUAUGAAACUGCCUGGAUACUCGGUUUUUAAUAAAUGUGCCCAGAACAUGUAAAAAUACAAUGUCAGACCCUACCUACUGUUGUCCUUAACCUUAGCUGAUACCUAUCCUGAAGUUCAUGGGCGACUAUCCCAUCAAACAUGCUCGCAGUCCUCUAGAGCUGACUGAUCAAAUCUUUGGUCCAGCCACUCAGCAUCAGGAACUGCGGGAUGAGAUCUACUGUCAGAUUAUGAGACAGAUGACCAACAACAACAACAGGUGAUCUCACAGAGUCUAAUCCUAUGUUUAAAGACUAAACUGAAGGCCAACAUGUCUAACCUUCUGAAUGGUUUCUCAGGUUGAGUGUGGACCGUGGCUGGCAGCUGAUGUGGCUGUGUACAGGUUUGUUUCCACCCAGUCCAACUUUGAUGAUGUACACUCAACUCUUCCUGGAGUCUCGACCCAAAGAUCAUCUGUCAGCCAUCUGCCUGCAGAGGGUGAAGGCAAUGCUCAGGUCAGUCUGAAAAAAAAAUUAAAAAUACUUUUAUUUAACCAAGAAAGCCUAAUUGAAAUAGGGAAUCAAAGUUACAAACAUACUAGACAUUAUUUUAAACAUUUGGUUAACGUAUCUUGCAUCACAGAAACCAUCUUUCCAGAAACCAUCAUGUACAGCCUGAUGCAUCUUCCACCAACACUUUUAAUCUGGUCUUAAAAAACAUGUUGGGAGACCAGCUCCCUCAAAUCCAAAGUCUCUUGCAGCAGAUUCCAAUCUGCAAACCAGAGUCCUGUGUCUGAGUCACAGACCAAAGACUUUAACUUCUGAAAUUUUUCAAGUGAAUUAAAUUUUAUAAAUAAGAGGGAAGCAAGUUGAGAAUUGCCUCACAAGUAAAGACAUGCCAGUGAUUUAGUCUACCAACGUAAAAACUCAAUCACAGACAUAGUAAAAGAUGGCAGGUUCAGUGGCUUUGUCUUUGAGUUUUGUUUUUGUCAGGAGUGAAGAUCACUUCAAUUUAUGAAAGGUGUCUUGUACAUAAAUGAAUGUAGCUUUCAAAGUAAUUUUGGGGUCUUUUUACACCUUCUUUGGAUAGCACAACUGAAAACAGACAUGUCAAGUGUGGAGUAGAGAGUGGGGUGUGACAUACUGCGUAGGGUUGAUGUCAGUGGUUGUUGGUCAGACUUAGUCAACCAAGAAGGGUAAAUUGUAUUUGAAUGUGCAUUAUGUCAAAUAAAUAAACUGACUGUCUUGGAAUGACCCUUUUGUUCCCUCAGUAAGGAGCCCAGACAGCUUCCUCCACACAUGGUUGAGGUGGAUGCCAUCCAGCAGAACAGCAACGAGAUCUUCCAUAAAAUCCACUUCCCAAAUGAAACAGACGAAGUAAGAUACAACUCUGCCUUUCUCAAACACUUUGAUUUUAAUCACUCACAGCAAUAUGCUUUCAUCAUUAUUUGAUUACAGCACUUGGUUUGUUUUCUCACAGAAGACAGCUGGGACUGAACUGUUUCUAGUACAAAGACCUUUCAGUUAGUAGUUUUCCUGUUAAAGUUGUUGUCCACCCUUGUACAGAAAAAUAUAGACCAAAACUAUUUUGGUAUUUUAACAUGAGUAUUUUACACACCCCAGUCUCUUUAUAAGUCAAGGUUUAGUUUGACUAUUUUUAAAAUGUACUCAGUGAAUGUGUGCAUCGUGUGCUCUCUGAGUUGUAUAACCAUUUCCCCCUCAGCUUAAGUAUCUCCUUAAAAAUCUUUUUUCUGUAGUCCUGGGCAGUUUUCAUCUUUAGGAGCUUUUGUAGAGCUGGGGUAGUUUGUUAAUUACUUCUAUUGUUAGCAGAUUCUAGGUUUUACUGUAAGGGGCAAAAUGUGAUGAUUCUAAAAAAUUUGCAUAACUUUAUUUAAUCUAUUAGGGGUGGGAGAAAUAAUCGCAUAGUAUUGAGAUAUUUUGUCUGGUGAUAUAUCGUAUUAUCUCAUUUACGAAGUAUAGAUUUUUUCAAAUUAAUUGUUAAUAAGAAGUCAAAUCUAUGAUAAUGUAGAAAAUAAAAUCAACUGUUUGUCCAGUGAGGUUGGCAGAGGUGACAUCACAGAGCAGGAGAAAGUUAGUACAACAAAUAUAAAUAAGGUUUGCAAGAUGUGCUACAUGAAAAUAAAAUUCUGUGUAAAUAAGACAAACAUAAAGGAAAGACAGAUGCUAAAUUAGCUGAACAGUUGAAAAAGUUGUAUGAAUCGCAAGAUAUUUUAUUGCAAUACUCACUAUUGCAAAAUGUUAAAAACUGAAUAAUAUCACACCGUGGGGCCACUGGUGAUUCCCACCCCUACUACUUAUGAGGAGCUACUCUUGUUCCAGAGAGCUUUAUGAACAAUCAUUAUCAUGUAUCUGAAAUUUAAACUCAGACAAUGAUCCACGUGCUGUAGUUUAAUAUUCAUAGACAACAUAGAGGCUGUAGUUUUGACAGGUUUUCACCAAAGUGAGAAACACUUUCUCUGUCAAAAACAUACACUAUCUUUGAGAAAUGGUAGUUUCAAACAUGAUUUCAUUGCAGAAAACACUCAAACCUGCAUUAUUUCCUGUGGCCAGCAGAGGGGGCUCUGCUUGUAGCAAACAUUUUCAUGAUGAGACAUCUUUGACCUUUUUUGUUGUUUGCUUUCUCAUAUCAGUGAACAUUUUUCUGAUGGCUUCAGGGUCUCAAUCUUUAGUUUAAAAACUUUUCAAAGCAGCAUUAUGCAGCUUUUUUAGACUGGUGGUCUUGUUCUGAGAAAAACUGAAAUAAUUCAGAGCAUGAGUCACAAGUUGCAAUCACAGUGACUCUUAACCAAGCUAGAGACCCAGCUGAACUCAAACACUUCAGAGUGGUAAAACAAGAACCAGCAGGUGACUUUACACUGGUUUAAAAAAAGUCCACUUCUUAUGCGCAGCGCAAAGCGUAUUCAGAUUUGUUUGUGGGUAUCUUGACUUACCUUUUGUAUUAUCAUGCAGAUUAUUGAGGUGUCUUCAACUACCACAAUCCAAGAGCUGUGUCACACCAUAGCCUUGAGGCUUCAGCUGAGCUCAGUGGAAGGAUAUGGCCUCUACUUAAAAACCAGACUAAAGGUAAGGUUUAGUGACUCUCCUGCAACAGCUUCAGUGUUCCUUUAUUUGUUUUUUUCUUAAUUACAGUGUAAUGUGAGAGAAAUAGACACAGAUUUAAUCACAUUUCUUUGGUAGGUAUUUGUAAUGUGACUCAUUUUAAUCCAAAAAUAAACAUUUUUAGAAAAUGAGGCCAUAAAUUUGAUCUUCACUACAUUGAGGGUUUUAACAAAUACAGACUCCAAUAUCAAAGGCUAUGCUCCUGUCAUCAUGGACUUGUUUGUUUUUAAUGCUUAGAUCACGACCAUGGAAGACGACAGGUAUUUCUUUGACAGUCUGAGACAAACUUCAGAUGGUCCAAAGAAAGCAAAGAAAAUAAAAGAAGGUAAAGAAUCAUGGCAAUGUGUUCAUUUUUGUGUAUCACUGCCGCAUAUAUCUAUAAUUCAGUUGUUGCUCCUCAGGCCCCCAGUCCAACAUGCCCUACCUGGUGAUAUUUAAAAGGAAGCUCUGGUUCAAUGUGAGCCCAGGGAAAGACCUGAAAGCAGACUUCACCUUCCAUUUCCCUCAGGUAUUCGUUUCAUUUCAUUUCACAUUCAAUACUUGACCUAACACACCCUUAAUUCCGACUGACUGAAUUUUGAACAUGGAGCAUCUUGCUGACACACGACUUUUGUCUUGCCUCUAUACAGGAGCAGCCCAAGUACCUGAAGGGAUACCACAACUGCAGUAAGCAGGACUUGAUCACACUGGCUGGCCUGCUCUUCAGGACUCAGGUGGAUUCAGACAGAUCGCAGUUCAUCAUGAUCCCCAGACUGUUGAAGGGGCUGGUUCCUGCUAACCAGAUAGGAAUCAUGUCACCUGACGAAUGGAAGAAGGUGAAGAAACACCCUCACAGGGUUAAGGUCGAAAAAUAUUGUCUGUAGUGUAACAGUCCACUGUUCUUUUCACUACUUUGCAGCACAUCAUCGCCUCCUACACCAAGCAGAGCGGCAUGACAGUGGAUGAGGCCAAAAUCGAGUUCCUGAAAGCCAUUUCCGGCUGGCCGACCUUCGGAUGUGCCUUCUUUGAUGUGAAAGUGAGUCAGAAAGAUGAGAAAGAGCAAAGUCGUCAGAAUUCAGGAAACCGUGUACUCAUGUUAUAAUUUAAUCUGACUUUGCAGCAAGACUGUGACUAUGACUACCCAGAGGAAAUUUUGGUGGUUGUCAGCAAGCAAGGUGUGGGCUUAAUGGACAAAACGGAUAAGGUAUGUACAAUAAUAAACCAUAUACGUAGAUACACACAGACUUAGCGGAGGCAAUGUGUGAUAUAAAUAUAUUAGCUGAUAAUAUUAGGCCGACGUAUUGAUACAUCACUGAUAGGCUGGAUUAGUCUCAUUAUCAGGAAUAGAUAAGACGUUUUUGAAUAGAUUAAAACUUUUUGAACAUGUUGUAUGCACAUACACACACACACACACACACACAGCAGUUUAAGAAGUCUUGUUUGCUUUUUGACAUUAUUAAAAAGCAUUAAUGUGAGUUUCUUUCCAUUUCAUUAAAUCAAAAACCUUAAGACUGAAGCAUGAAGAGGACAAGAUAAGCAAAGACUCCUUUUCUGUCUGCAGGGGACGCUAAAACUGACUUAAACUGAAAGUUCCUUAAAGGACCUUUAGACCUUUAGUGUGAUUCUGAAAAAAAUAUAUAUAUUUCAUGCUGGUGUUUGUGUAGGAUAUUUUCAUGCUUUCACUUAUGUGGUUUACAUUAAAAAACCUCUUCAUAUCUAAUAUCUCUUUUCAUCUGUGACCCUUUUAGGGGAUGCUGGUGAUGCACCAGUUCAGCCGUAUUGUAGAAUACACCAGCAAAGGAAAUGUUUUCCAGAUGACCAUUGGCACAUUGUUGAAGAACGUCAAUUUUGUCUGUGAAACCCCACAGGUGAGUGCGAAUCUGUUAUUUCAUCAGGUACAAAUGCUCCCAGCAGAAGAUUCUUGUGCUGUCAUCUGUUUGUGCCGAUAACAAAACGUCUCUUUGAAAUGAUGAUUUCCUACCUUUUUUUUAGGCCAGAGCAAUAGAGGACCUCAUCAGGUCAUACGUCACUAUGUAUGAGAGGCAGAGAGAGGCUUUUCUACCAAGGACACAACUCAUGUUUUUCUGAGAAUUCAGUGGCAAAAACUGUGAUUCAUGUCAAAUCUUCAGCAAUGGUUUCACGCCACAUAAAUGCUUCUGUACAGUUUAAAUUUUUAAGACUGACCUGAAUACAGAUUACUUUGACUUCUAGUGAAUAAUUUAGUUUGAAAUGUCAAGUCUUCAUUUGUGUCUGUUUUGACAAAUGUUUAGU